AUGAAGCUUCCUUCCACGCGCAACACAGCUGCAGCAGCAACCCUGCAGCAGCAGCAGCAGCAGCAGCAGCAGCAGCGGCGGCAGCAGCAGCAGCAGCUGCUGCAGCUGCGACGGAGGCCGCAGCAGCAAGGGAAGGAGCGGCAGCAGCAGCAGCAGCGCUUGACGCCCCGCCCGCAGCAGCAGCAGCAACAGUAUCUGCUGCUGCUGCUGCUGCUGCUGCUGCUGCUGCCGAGUGCAUGUGGGGCUGAUGUCUUUUCCCUCGGCCCUAAGGUCGCCAGCGAGGUGUACGUACACCCUGGCUCCGAUGGAAACAAAGUGUGGGGUUCUGCUGCUGCAGAUGACUCCAGCCCAAAUAACGCAGCAGCAGCAGCAGCAGCAGCAGCAGCAGCAGCAGCAGCAGAGGACGUCCCUGCAGCAGCAGGAAGCAGGCGCAGGCCGCUGCGGCAGCCAGUGUGGCGCGCAGGUCGAGGUUCUUUUGCUGCAGUUGCUGCUGCUGUUGCUGCUGCUGCAGUUGCUUAUUUGCUGCUGCUGUGCGCCCGCCUCAGCUGGAGAGACACAGAGACAAGUUCCCGAAUGGAAUUCCAUUCUUUCCGCAGAAGAUUAGCUGCUGCCAGCAGCAGCAGCAAACCCAGCAGCAGCAGCAAACCCAGCAGCAGCAGCAAACCCAGCAGCAGCAGCAACAACAGAAGGAGACGCCGCCGCGGCUGCGCAGCAAACAGCAGCAGCAGCAGCAGCAACAUCAAAGGCCGCCGCAGCAGCAGCAGCAGCAGCAUCGGGCAGCAGCAGGAGGCCGCUGCGCAGCAGUCCUCGCCCCGCUCCGCCUCCUACGCAGAAGCAGCAGCAGCAGCAGCAGCAGCAGCAGCAGGAGACUCCCUGUCUCCUCCAGCAGCAGCAGCAAAAGGAGACAAAGCAGAAUUCUUUUCUCUUUCAGUUCGCUCAGCUCCCCCCCUUUCGCUGCUGCUGGCUGUGGCCCCCCCGGCCUUCGGCAGCAGCAGCAGCAGCAGCAGCAGCAGCAGGAAGAAGAAGAAGCGGAAGGGCCAGCAGCGGCACAGCGGCGACCCUGCAGCAGCAGCAGCAAAGCCAGCAGCAGCAAAGCCAGCAGCAGCACGGCCAGCAGCAGCACGGCCAGCAGCAGCAAGGCCAGCAGCAACUGCCGAAGAGGAAACAGAGCCAGAAGAUGAAGUCGAGACCCCUGCUGCAGCAGCAGCAGCAGCAGCAGCAGCAGCAGGAAAGCAGCCAGCAGCAGCAGCAGCAGGAAAGCAGCCAGCAGCAGCAGCAGCAGGAAAGCAGCCCGCAGCAGCAGCAGGAAGGCUGGCGUCCGCAGCGAAGCCUCCGGCAGCAGCUCGGCUGGCAGCAGCAGCAGCAGCAGCAGCAGCUCUUGGCGAAGCAGCAGCAAAAUGGAAUUCCCCAGCAGCAGGAACUCUGGGGGGCGCUGCCGCCGGAGCAGCAAAAACUGGGAAAGGCGAAGCAGCAGCAGCAGCAGCAGCAGCAGCAGCAGCAGCAGAGUUCUCUGAAGCCGUCGCGAGCUUCUCGGGGCUCACCUUGACUCCUCCGAGAGACAAGGCAGCAGCAGCAGCAGCAGCAGCAGCAGCAGCAGCAGCGUCUGCAGCAGCAGCAGCAGCAAGUCCCAAGUCCGUGCCCAAGGGAAGCAGCCUGUCGGCAGCAGCAGCACGACGUGCCGCAUCUCCCGCAGCAGCAGCGCCGUCUGCUGCUGCUGCUGCUGCUGCUGCUGCCAUUGCUGCUGCCGCUGCGGCAGCAGCAGCAGCAAGAGGAUCAGCAGCAGAUUCCCCCCGCGGGGGGCCCCCCUUCCAGGGGGCCCUCCCAGGGGCCCCCCCCUCAGAGAGCCCCCUGGCCAGGGGCCCCCUGGAGGGGGGCCCCCUGAAGAGGGGCCCCCUGGGCAGUACCUCCUUGGAGGGGCCCCCCCUGGCCAAGGGCCCCCUGGCCGGGGGCCCCCUGAUCAAGGAGGGCCUAUUGGGGGGCCCCUUGAACAAGGGGCCCCUGGCUGGGGGCCCCCAGACCAAGGGGCCCCUGGCUGGGGGCCCCCAGAACAAGGGGCCCCUGGCCGGGGGCCCCCAGAACAAGGGGCCCCUGGCCGGGGGCCCCCUGCCCGGGGGUUUCCUGAUCAAGGGGCCCCUGGGUGGGGGCCUCCCGGCGGGGGCCCCUCUGGGUGGGGGCCCCCUCACCGAGGGCCCCUUGAACAAGGGGCCCCUGGCCGGGGGUGCCCUUGGGGGGGGCCCCCUGCCUGGGGGCCCCCUGCCUGGGGGCCCCCUGCUGGGGGGCCCCCUGCCGGGGGGCCCCCUGCCGGGGGGCCCCCUGCCUGGGGGCCCCCUGCCUGGGGGCCCCCUGCCUGGGGGCCCCCUGCCUGGGGGCCCCCUGGCUGGAAGCUCGUUGAACAAGGGUUCCCUGGGUGGGGUCCCCCUUGCCGGGGGCCCCCUUGCCGGGGGCCCUCUUGCUGGGGACACCUUAAAGAAGGGACCUCUGGGUGGGGGCCCCCUGGCAGGGGCCCCCGUGGGUGAGGGGCCCCUGGCCGGGGGUCCCCUGGGUGGGGGCCUCUUGGGUGGGGGCCCCCUGGGUGGGGGCCCCCUGGGUGGGGGCCUCCUGGCCGGGGGCCUCUUAAACAAGGGCCCCCUGCCCCUGGAUGGGGGGCCCCUGGCCGGGGGCCCCCUUGCCGGGGGCCCCUUAAACAAGGGCCCCCUGGAUGGGGGCCCCCUGGGUGGGGGCCCCUUGAAGAACGAACCCCUGGGUGGGGGCCCCCUGGGUGGGGGCCCCCUGGGUGGAAGCCUCCUGGGUGGGGGCCCCCUGGGUGGGGGCUCAUUGGCUAUGGGCCCCCUGGGGGGGGGCCCCCUGGGGGGGGCCCCCCUGGAUAGGGGCCCCCUGGCGGGGGACCCCUUGAACAAGGGCCCGCUGAGUGGGGGCCCCCUGGCAGGGGGCCUCUUGAACAAGGACCCCCUGGGUGGGGCCCCGCUGCCGGGGGGCCCCCUGCCUGGGGGCCCCCUGCCUGGGGGCCCCCUGCCUGGUGGCCUCCUGCCUGGGGGCCCCCUGCCUGGGGGCCCCCUGCCUGUUGGCCCUCCUCCUGGGGGCCCCCUGCCUGGGGGCCCCCUGCCUAUUGGUCCUCCUCCGGGGGGCCCCCUGCCUGGGGGCCCCCUGCCUGUGGGCCCUCCUCCUGGAGGCCCCCUGCCUGGGGGCCCCCUGCCUGUUGGCCCUCCUCCUGGGGGCCCCCUGCCUGGGGGCCCCCUGCCUGGGGGGCCCCUUCUUGGGGGCCCCCUGCCUGGUGGCGCCCUGCCUGGGGGCCCCCUGCCUGGGGGCCCCCUGCCUGGGGCCCCCCUGGGUGGUGUCCCCCUGGGGGGGAGCUCCUUGGCUAAGGGCCCCCUGGAUGGGGGCCCCCUGGGUGGGGGCCCGUUGAAGAAGGGUCUUCUAGAUGGGGGCCCCCUGGCCGGGGGCCCCCUGGAUGGGGGCCCCCUUGUUGGGGGCCCGUUGAAGAAGGGUCUCCUAGAUGGGGGCCCCCUGGCCGGGGGCCCCUUGAACAAGGGCCCCCUGGAUGGGGGCGCCCUGACUGGGGGCCCCUUCAACGAGGGGCCCCUGGGUGGAAGCCUCCUGGGUGGGGGUUCCUUGACUAAGGGCCCCCUGGGUGGGGCCCCCCUGGGUGGGGCCCCCCUGGGUGGGGCCCCCCUGGGAGGGGGCCCCCUGGGAGGGGGCCCCCUGGGAGGGGCCCCCCUGAACAAGGAUGGGCUGGGUGGGGGCCCGCUGGUUCGGGCCCCGCUGGGUGGGGGCCCCCUGGGGGGGAACUCCCUUUGCGGGGGCCCCUUGAACAAGGGGCCCCUGGGAGGGGGCCCCCUGGGAGGGGGCCCCCUUGGAGGGGGCCCCCUGGGAGGGGGCCCCCUGGCAGUGGGGCCCCCCCCCGGCUUCCCGCCGGGGGGGUUGCCCGCUGCGGAGAUCCCCCCAGCGAAGGGCCUCUUCGGGGGGGGCCCCCUGGGGCCCCCACCCCCUCCCGGGGGCCCCCCUCGGGUGGGUACUUUGGAGAGGGGCCCCCCUGGGGUGGGUACUUUGGAGAGGGGCCCCCCUGGGGUGGGUACUCUGGAGAGGGGCCCCUCUGGGCUGGGUACUUUGGAGAGGGGCCCCCCUGGGGUGGGUACUUUGGAGAGGGGCCCCCUGUUGGCCUCCGCGGAGGCCCCCGCGAGGGCCCCCCCGGCUGCGCCGCCGGCGGGGCCCCCCCCGCAGGGGGCCUUAGUGGGGGCCCCCCCGGCCCCCGCCCCCGCGGGGGCCCCCCCGGGCGCCCCGCGGGG